UCAUCUCAUCAAGCUUUAAUAAAUCGUUGUCUUUUUUCAAUCAAGUGGAGCUCAAGCAUCGAUCGUCCUUGUCUCGAUUUGAAUGGUGUUUCUCUUUCUUGGUUGCAUUGUAUUCGAGUAGCCGGAAAACUGAACAGAAAUCGGUUUCUUUGGAGAAGUGAUAGAAGUGAUCGAAGCUCCGGUGAUUGAUGCAAAGAAGAGAAAGUAUUAAGGGUUGAGCAAAUGGAGUGGAAGUAAAAUAUUAAGCAUAUUUGACGAAGGCCAUUGGGCUGUCUUUUAUUCAGAAGCGGAGCUAUAGAGGAAAAAGGACUGCGCUUUUAGACUAAUAAAAGGAGUGGAGAUUGGUUCACUUAGUUGAUGACAUCUGCUAAUUUCUUAGUCCUCAAAAUGAUGCAAGAAGCUGAUGUAAUUUAAGGACAGCCACUUAGCAUAUGUAGACCAUGAAACUUGAUAACGAGCCCAUGCAUGAUCAUUCAACUCUGGUUGUUAGGCCUGUUUCUAAAUAUUCUGUCAAUCCUUUGGAGAUGGGGGAUUUAAAAUCAGAUAAUGAGAUUUUGAAUGAAGUCAAAAACCGAAUGCCAUCUGAUGUAAAGAGCCAAAACUGUGAGAAGGAUGUAGUACAAUUACCAUCCGAGAAGCACAAUGAGGACAGAGUGGGGAAGAUACCAGUUUUACUCAAUUCCAAUUCCAUUGAGAACGAUGAUUUCAUAAAUGGGAUAGGAAAAAAGAUGGAAGAUAGUGUAGUACCUUAUACAAUUCCUUCAAACAAAGUUGAAUUGUCUGAGAAAGAAGGAGAAUGCUAUACUGAUAAGAGUGUUAUGGAAUAUGAAGUGCCUGAGAAAAUUGCAUUUUUCAAGGUGGAUGCUUAUCAUGUGGUUAAGGACAUCUGCAUUGAUGAGGGAGUCCCUUCCCUGGACAAGGUUUUGGUAGAACAUAGAAAGGAGGAUAGUAAUCAUAGCUUACAAACUUCUUAUUUAGAUUUUAAUGAAGUGAGCAAAAAAUCAGUUGACUAUCGAUCACUCAUUUCAGAAGAGAUGAAAUCUUUGGUUGUAGAUUAUCACAAUAUGGAUGUUUCCGGGCAAUGUGAUUCUGAGAACAUAUUGCAGAAAAGUGAGGAAAAUGUUGAUGCAAAAGGUGAUAUCACCCACAAUGAAUUGGUUGAACACAACCUUGAUGAGAAUGUUUGCAUGCAAUGCUGUUCUAAGAAUCAAUUGCAGAAAAGAGAGGCAAAUAUUGAUUACAAAGAUGAGAUCCCACAUGACAAGGGUGAGAGCGUAGUAACUGAAAAUAUGCUUUUGUUUCAAAAUUUGGAGAAAGAGAACUGUCACAUAGAGUCAUUAAAACUUGAGAGUAAUGAAGGCAAGAAACAUUGUGGGCAAGAGCAGCUCCACAGUCUUGAGAAUUUGUUGCAGAAAAAUGAAGGAAAUAUUGAUGCAAAUGAUGAAUCCACAAAAGGUGUCUCUGAUGUUGCUGUCCCUCUAAAUGUCCUUUUAUUGCAAGAGAUUGACAUUCAAAAUUCUCACCCUGCAUCAUCCAGUUUUAAUGGCAAUGAAGAUCAAGAACAUUCUAAGCAGGAUACAAGUAAAGAGCCAAUUGCAGCACACUGUGCUGUGUGUUCUGUGGCUGAAGAACCCAGUGAGAGAAACUGUGUCAACAACGUUCCAUUUGAUAGUAAGGUGGAGAGUGGGAGCAUCACUUUCAAUUUUGAUUCUCCAACAACAAGCAGUAGAGAGGACAGCCCACAAAAUGCUGACCACCAUCCUCGUCAGACUCUACCUGGGGGGCUUGAAGAUGGAACAUUGGAUAGUCUAACAAGUUCAAGCCGUAGCUUUUUUAUUCAACAUGGUCAUGGAGAGUCAAGUUUCUCUGCAGUGGGUCCCCUAUCAGGUCCAAUAUCACACUCAGGGCCAGUACCGUAUUCUGGUAGCAUUUCUCUCCGGUCAGAUAGCAGUACAACCAGCACUCGUUCCUUUGCCUUCCCAGUACUACCUUCAGAGUGGAACAGCAGCCCAGUCAAAAUGGCAAAAGCUGAUCGGAGACAUUUCCGGAAGCAUCGGGGUUGGAGGCUCAAUAUUCUUUGCUGUAGAUUCUGAAUACUUCUUUCAUCCACUUAGUUAAGCUCCAAUAUACAUCAUCUAAAUAGUACUUCUCAUAAAUAUUUUCAGUCCCUUCUACCCAGGCUUGGUGUGUUUUGUUCACUGGGUUCAAAUUAUAGUGCUUGAGUUAUAUCAUGGGGCAUGCAAAUUGAGAUGUAAUUAUCUCAAUUUAGUUAUAUCAAUAUCAUCGCCAUAGUCAUUAUCUA